AUGAAACAAUCAUUAGUAGAAGGAAAUAUUUUAGUUAUAUUUGAAGGUUUAGACGAAGUUCCUGUCCAUGUCGAUCGAUCUGAUUUAAUAAAGGAAAUAAAUACAUUAUUAGAACGAGGAAUAGAUUAUGAUGUUAUGCAUGAUAAACUUACUUAUUCCGUUCAUGAACAAAAAGAUAUACAUAAUACAAGAGAUCCUACUAUCGGAAAUCGAUUUAUCAUAACAAGUCGUAUUGAAGGAAAUUAUUUUGAAGAUAUCAAAUUUUUUAUUCCAAGAUUAACUAUUAAAGACAUGUCUAAUGAUGCUCUCAGAUUAUUUUGUAGUUCAUAUAUGAAAUGUAUAAACGAGAUUUCCGUUAAAACUAGAAGAGUUGGGAAAGAAAGUAAUAUCGAUCAAUUAUAUGAUGAGAUAACGCAAAACAAAGAUAUUUUUCAUUUAGCAAUUAAUCCACAAUUAGCUAGUGGAAUUACUGCAGUUUAUAAUCAAUGUGAAGAACGAUUAGUAACGCUUUAUAUCGAUUCUCCAACAAAUUAUCUAGACAAAGAUUUUCAACUAAAUACCACUAUGCUUUGGUCAAUAUUAAAACAAAUAGCUGAAUAUCUUCAUAAAGAAAGUAUUGAUGAAUUAAUUACUAAGCUUGUAGGUAUUUUUAAAUAUCAAGCUGGUUUACUCAAUGAAUUUGGUCAUAAUAGUUUUCGAUUUAUACAUCGUACGUUUCAAGAAUAUCUUGCA